GAAAGAAUAGUAAGCAUGGUGUUAUUAUUCCUCUUGAAGGUUACAGUUAACUGUACCUUUGUUGUUCAUUACUCAUUGCAAAUGAUGGAUACCUUCAAGUCAAAGAAACCCAAAUUCCAGAACUGACCAAUGUAAGUAAUGGGAACAAUAUUAAAUGGCUUGGGAAGUAUACACUGUCUUUUAUAUGAACAUACGAAUCUCAAGCUUGAUCUGCGUCAAUUGAGCACAUGGGAGAAUGAAAUGGGGCAGGCAACAAGAGAAUGAAAUGGGGCAGGCACACUUACAUUGGUUUUCGGGAUGGGAGACGCCUGGGCAUCAUGCAGAGAGAUGUUAAUGUCCGAUAAUAAUGGAAAAGGCACGACACUGGGGACGUUAGAAACCGUUUAAUAUCGUGCAAUUAUAUACCCACCUUUGGACAUACUUUUCUCCACGUUUCAUUCGCUAAAAUGGUUGGUCAGACACUCCAAACAAAUUGGACGCCUCCAGUGAGUGGUUACUUUAGCGAUGCCGCCGCACUUCUUUUUUGAACCCUGAAAAAACGCAAAGCAAUUGCCUUUAUUAAAUAUAUGUUACACUAGCUGUACAUGAGAUCGUGUAUGAGUGGAAGAUAUGCCAUCGUCUGGCUGUAAAAAUUCUUUCACUGUACAAGUGGUGAUGUAAAUUGAAGUAGGAAAUUCUGUGAAUUGAGGUCCAGAAGUUAUUAUUUCAUUGUGGAGGAGAAUGACAAUGGGAGCGUGGUUGGAUGAUGCUUUUUCACUUUCGCAGCAGGCCACCGUGCCGGUUUUCCAAAACCGUCUGCACACCAAAACUGUGCGGGAUAAUGUCCACGGAAGCAUCUACCUAGAUCCGCUCAGUCUCAGAUUCAUAGAUACUGAACAGUUCCAACGGCUUCGAGAUGUAAAGCAAUUAGGUAUGUGUAGUCUAGUCUAUCCUGGUGCUGUACAUUCUCGUUUUGAGCAUUCCUUAGGAGUUUACUGGCUUGCUGGUGAAGCAAUACAACGGCUUAAACAGUACCAAGGCAGGGAGCUAGACAUUGACAGAUUUGAUAUAUCAUGUGUAAAGUUAGCAGGUUUACUUCAUGAUGUUGGUCAUGGACCUUUCAGUCAUGUAUUUGAUGGUGGAUUCAUUCCACGGGUGCUGCCAGACAUCAAAUGGUCUCAUGAGCAAAUGUCUGUGAAAAUGGUAGACUAUAUUGUCGAUGAACACCAUAUUGACAUUGAUCCUGAUUGUAUACGAAAAGUGAAGGAAAUGAUACUUGCAAGUUGUGAUCGCAAACACACAAAGGCCUUAGGGGAGAAGCAGUUUCUGUUUGAUAUUGUAGCAAAUGGGCGCAAUAGCAUAGAUGUUGACAAGUUUGAUUAUAUUGAACGUGAUUGUCGAGGAUGUGGUCUUAGAAGCAGUUUUCAAUUUGACAGGCUUAUGGAAAGCAUGAGAGUCAUGGGUGGAGAAAUAUGCUACCGAGCUAAAGAAUAUUUGAAUGUGCACAAAUUAUUCGAAACACGUGCUGAUCUUUUUAGAGGUGUCUAUUUGCAUCCAAAAGUAAAGGCAUUAGAGCUUAUGUUAGUCGAUGCGCUUAUCCUUGCAAAUGGAUAUCUUGAAAUUUCUUCUCUAAUUCAUGAUCCUGCUGAUUAUUGGAAGUUAGAUGAUUCAAUACUGAAGACAAUUGAGACUGCUUCUGUGAAAGAGCUAAAAGAAUCUCAGGCAUUGAUUUUACGAAUGCGGAGAAGGGAUUUAUAUCGGUUUUGCAAUGAGUAUUCUGUUCCAGCAGACCAACUUGAACAUUUUAAAGAAGUCACUCCUCAAGAUAUCAUUUGUUCGCAGAAAACAUCAGGAAUAUGUCUUCGAGAGGAAGACAUUGCAAUCAGCAACAUUAAAAUUGACUUGACACGGGGAAGAGAGAACCCAUUGGACAGUGUACACUUCUUCAAUGACUAUGAAAGUGAUCAGAAGCUUACCAUCCCAAAAGAACGCAUCAGUCAUUUGUUGCCAGCUUCAUAUCAAGACAGGAUUGUUCGUGUGUAUUCUAAGAAUCCUGAUUUGGUUGAAGAAAUUUCUGAAGCCUUUGAGAACUUCCAAUUGAGGACUUAUGGUAUAAAGCCUCAGGUACAUGGAACACCUGAUUCGAAGAAACGGAAAAGAUAUUACAGCCAGUAAAGCGAGUUUCACCAAUUAUUUUUUUCAAUUCAAUUGCAUACACCAUUCUACAUUUGUUUUUACAGAUUCUAUACAAUAGCAUAUAAUCAGUUUAGUAUAUAUUUUUUUAUUAAUUCAUUUAGAAAUGAAAUUUGAUAGAUAUUAUAAGCAUGUGUAGUUGGGUCAUUUCAUAUAUAUUUUGCUCAUUGUUUAAGGAAUA